CAGUCCUGUAAAACGCACACGUGACUGGUUUGUGCCUCGUCAGCCACCGUACCUACGAACCAGUAUGGCGGUCUGAGAGUUGUCACAGUUGUUUUGAUGUGUAAAUAAGACAAUUAUCCAUUUAUAAAACGUCCCUUUCCUCACAAUUCGCAUUUAUCCGAACCAAUAACAACAUCGCGACCCAGACCAUCAUGCCGUCCGCCUGCGACUCUUUGAUUGAAGACAUUGAGGACAUGGUGUCCUCUAGCGACCCUACUCCUCACGAGAGACAGUUUGCUAGAAAGAGUAUCAUGCCGAGGUCCAGGAAGAAAAAAGAGCUUGUGAGCGACGAGGAGCUGCAAGCUGACAGUUUGAUCCCUGGCACCCAAAAAAUCUGGAUGAAAACGUGGGGCUGCAGUCACAACAACUCAGAUGGAGAGUACAUGGCCGGACAGCUAGCUGCAAGCGGAUACAAGAUGACUGAUGACCCAACAGACGCAGACCUGUGGGUGCUCAACAGCUGCACUGUGAAAAACCCUGCAGAGGACCACUUCAGAAACUCAAUCAAAAAAGCCCAGGAACAGCAGAAAAAGGUGGUAGUAGCAGGUUGUGUUCCCCAGGCGCAGCCACGGAUGGACUACCUCAAAGGACUCAGCAUCAUUGGGGUCCAACAGAUUGAUCGAGUGGUGGAAGUAGUGGACGAGGCCGUUAAAGGCCACUCGGUUCGUCUGUUGGGUCAGAAGAAAGACGGAGGCCGGAGGCUCGGCGGAGCUCGACUGGACCUGCCCAAGAUCAGGAAGAACCCUCUCAUUGAAAUCAUCUCCAUUAACACCGGGUGUCUGAAUGCGUGUACCUACUGUAAGACUAAGCAUGCCAGAGGAGACCUGGCCAGCUAUCCCAUCGAGGAGCUCGUGGAGAGAGCCAGGCAGUCUUUCCAGGAGGGAGUGUGUGAGAUAUGGUUGACCAGUGAAGACACGGGAGCUUAUGGUAGAGACAUAGGGACAGACCUGCCCACACUGCUGUGGAGAUUGGUGGAGGAGAUUCCUGAAGGAGCCAUGCUGAGGCUGGGUAUGACCAACCCACCGUAUAUCCUGGAGCACCUAGAGGAGAUGGCUAAGAUAUUGAAUCAUCCACGCGUCUAUGCCUUCCUUCAUGUUCCCGUGCAGUCGGCCUCAGACAGCGUCCUGAUGGACAUGAAGCGAGAGUAUUGCAUCGACGACUUCAAAAAAGUGGUGGACUUCCUCAAAGAGAGGGUCCCAGGUGUAACCAUUGCCACAGAUUUAAUCUGCGGUUUUCCUGGUGAGACGACGGAAGACUUCCAAGAGACAGUAGACUUGGUGAAACUUUACCGAUUCCCCAGUCUCUUCAUCAACCAGUUCUACCCAAGACCCGGUACACCUGCCGCCAAGAUGGAGCAAGUGCCAGCACAUAUGAAGAAGCAGAGGACUAAAGAGCUGUCACAACUCUUCCACUCUUACAACCCCUACGACCACAAGGUAGGAGAGAGGCAACAUGUGUUGGUGACAGAGGAGUCGUUUGAUGCCCAAUACUACGUGUCUCACAACAAGUUCUACGAACAGGUGCUGGUGCCUAUGAGGGCUGAGUUCAAAGGGAAGAUGAUUGAGGUGGACAUCUACGAGGCAGGGAAACACUUCCUGAAAGGCCGACUAGUAGAAGACAGUAAACCCUUCACUCCCUCCAUUGCUGCACCACUUCAGAAAGGAGAGGUGUCUGGCAUGAUGCAGGAACAGAUGGCCAACGGCGUGCAAGGUCCUGCUUCUUCUAUGCCUUCUUCAUCUGUUUUGUUGAUCGGCUCUUACAGUCUGGACAGGGAAGUACUGAAGACGCUGGGAAUCGGGCUCACUCUGGCCGCAGCCAUUUUGGCCUUCAUCGUAGAGAAACUGUACUGAUUGAUGCAGCAACUGCAAACUAGAAGAACAUCGUGAAGAAGGGGGAGGACAGUGACAUCAUCGGAGCUUAAACAGUGAGUUUCACUGUCUCCUUAGAUACCCUGAAGCAUACUCCACAUGUUCUUAUUCAAUUUUGAAUGAACCCAAAGAAAAAAAGUCAGUGACACCUACGCAGUUAAGGAUUAUAUGAAUCUUCUGUGAGAUUUCUCUUGUUUUAGUACAGUUAGAUUUUUAAUUAAAGGGCAUAGUUUACCACUGUGCAGUCAUUAUACUCAAUUUGCUCCAAACAGAGUGAUGUCAGUGUCUACUUCUGUCAUUGAAGGAGGAAUAACCACAUGGGCAGUGACAGGUCCGCAGGCACAGACACGUUUUAUAAAAGUCACCCUAGUUACUCUAUUUUAAUUAGACUCUAUUUCAAGUACAUAUUCUGUUUCAUAUUUCUGUUUCAUUCUAAGGGUUGAACAUUAGGCCGUUUCAGGAAAAAUGCUACGCUUUGUCUAUUGUUCACUGACGGCUGCAGUCUGACAUUGUCCAUAAACUGGUACAUUUGUGUUUUGAAUCAUGUUUUUUGGGUCUACGGUAUGUAGCUGUUUCACAGAUAAAUUAAGCACAAUUCAACCCAUUGAUGCUGAUGGAAUACAUAUUCUGGUCGUCUCUACCAGAACAAAGUCUGGAGUAUGAUGAAACUGUCAGUCACUUUUCAGCUCGUUGAGUUGCCGAGUGAUUCUCAGUGAAUUAUCCAGCAUAUUUUUUUAGAAGUACUGAACCAUGUAGAUUUAAAAAAACAUUGUGUGUUGCCCAUCCUUGUUUUGAUGGAUUGAAUUGUGCUUGCUUUACAGUACGUGUUAUUUUAUCCUGUGGAAAGGAGUGUGUGUAUAAUACUCUGGUUAAAGAUCAUUUGUAACUUUCAUUUCAAAGUAUUUAUUUUUGAAUUAGAGACAUGGACAGUAUAUUUUUCAGAUCUACUCAACAAACUUCUGUUUUUGAAGAUGUUUUAAUAUGUUGUGCUUUUGUUUAAUUGGUUUUGUUUGUUUCAUUUUAUGGUUUUUUUUGCAUCAUACGUCAAAAUCAAAUGGAAUUAAUGUACGUUUUACCUUAUCUGAUUAGUUAUAACAUAAUUAUUUCCACCCCAAUACAAUGAAGGAGAAUGGAGAGGGGGAAAAUGUAUCCAAAACGAGCAGCUUUGCCGGACACCACUUGAGGUGAAUGAGACUUUUUUCCCCCUUUUUUUUUGUAAUUCAGGUGAACUGACCCUGUAAUACAAGUACUCUGUUACUAUGUGGGCUACUUGUGGUGUAUAUACAUCGUCAUUAUUGAGACAGAUGUUUUUGUUUUUCUUGAAAACAGUUUAAUAAAAGGAAAAAAUGCAA